AUGUGGAAACAAAUUGAUCAGUUACUUGCUUUACCUGCUUGUACUUGUGAUGCAUCUAAACAAUUUAAUGAUUUUAAUCAUCUCAUUAAACUGAUACAAUUUUUGAUGGGUCUUGAUAGUAUAUGCCAGUCUGUGAGAACUAAUCUUUUAACUAGAGAAACACUUCCUUCUAUGAAGGAUGCCUUUUCUAUUAUAUCAAGAGAAGAGUCACAUCUUCAUACUAAAUUUUUUUCUGAAAAGGUUCCUAAUAGUACUGUGGGCUUUGCUGUUAAAACAAAUCAAGUUUUUGAUUCAAAGAAAAAGGGUAUUAGACCUCCUAAUCCUAGUCUUAAAUGUUCUCAUUGUAACAAGACAGGUCAUACUGUUGAAAAAUGUUUUGAACUUGUUGGUUAUCCUUUAUGGAUGAAAUCUAAAAACAAUGGGAAUAAGGGUGGCAUGGAUUCUCAAACAAAGAAAGUCCAAGUGAUUGGUAAUCAAUUUGAUGGUCUCUAUUUAUGUGGUAGUUCAUCUGUUAAGGUGUGUAGUGCUAGUUGUGAUGUCAAUUUGUGGCAUGCUAGAUUAGGUCAUCCUGCUGAAGUUGUUUUACAUGUCUUGAAAAAUAAAUUAGAUGUUAAAAAUGUUAGUCUGUCACCUUGUGAGACUUGUAAUAGGGCCAAGCAACAUAGAGACCCUUUCCCUUUAAGUGAUCACAAGUCUAAAAUGUUGGGUGAAUUAGUUCAUCUUGAUGUUUGGGGUCCUUACAAGGUUCCUAGUAGAGAUGGUUUGAGAUUUUUCCUUACUAUUGUUGAUGACUAUACCAGGGCUAUAUGGGUGUAUCUCAUGAGACACAAACGUGAAGUUUUCCAUAAUACACAAGGGUUUUUUAAUUGGCUUAAAACUCAGUUUGGUAAACAUGUUAAAGUGUUUAGAAGUGAUAAUGGAACUGAUACUCCUCAUCCUAAAGUUGGCCCUACUCCCGAUGAUGAUAUCAAAAAUGAUCCUAUCUCUGAUCAUGGGUCUCAGCAGUCCAAUGUUGAGUCUAGUGACACUUUAGGUAAGGUUGUUUCUCAGCAACCAAGUGUCACUGAUGAACAUAUGGAUAGGGCUAAUCAUGAUACUGAGGUUGAGACUAUUUUUAAUAAUUCUGAGGGAGAUGAUGUUGGUUAA